UGUGCAUUGUGGGCUACAGCGUUUGUGUUUACAUAUGCAUUAAUGUGUGAAAUGACGCACAACAUCAGUGUUUCACUUACUUCUUUUAAUAAACGGUGCUUCAUUGAAGUCGUUAUGUUUCAUUGGUCAAAAUCGAGCUGUUAAAAUAUUAGCUGCGCACAAAACAACUGCAAACGAGGAAUAUUUCACAUCUGCUCACAUUAUAAACAAGCAUUAUUCAGACAUCAUCUGCAGCAUGGAUCGCCUGGCGUCUUUUGGAAAUGACCUCUUCGAUAAGCCGCCAUGUCGUGGGUGCUCCUCUUAUCUAGUGGAGCCCUACAUAAAGUGUGCCGAAUGUGGCCCUUCACCUUUCCUCCUGUGUCUGCAGUGUUUUACCAGAGGAUAUGAAUAUAAAAAGCAUCAGAGUGACCAUACAUAUGAAAUCAUGACAUCCGAUUUUCCCAUAUUAGAAACAGGCUGGACUGCUCAAGAAGAGAUGGCGCUUUUAGAAGCUGUUGUGGAUUGUGGUUUUGGUAACUGGCAGGAUGUGGCUUAUCAGAUGCGUACAAAGACCAAAGAGGAAUGUGAAGGUCACUACAUGAAGAACUUCAUCAACAAUCCUCUCUUCUCCUCCACUUUGCUCAGUCUCAGACAGAUGGAAGAACAUCUGUCUCGAACAGCAGACACAGCCAUUCCCUUUAAGCCAACAGAUGAUCCUCCAAGACCUUCAUUUGACUCACAGCUCUCCAGAGAUAUGGCUGGAUAUAUGCCAGCUCGAGCAGACUUCAUGGAGGAGUUUGAUAAUUAUGCUGAGUGGGAUUUGAAAGAUAUAGAUUUUGUGGAUGAUGACUCUGAUAUUCUUCAUGCUCUCAAAGUUGCAGUCGUGGAUAUUUAUCACUCAAGACUGAAGGAGAGGCAGAGAAGGAAGAAGAUCAUUCGGGAUCAUGGACUCAUCAACCUACGCAAGUUUCAGAUGUUGGAAAGGCGUUACCCUAAGGAAGUGCAAGACCUUUAUGAUGUCAUGAGACGAUUUGCCAGAGUGGUUGGACCCAUAGAGCACGACAAGUUCAUCGAGAGUCAUGCCUUGGAGUUUGAGCUGAAGAGAGAGAUCCAACGUCUGCAGGAAUACAGAAGAGAGGGAAUUCAGUCCUUCUGCGGUGCUAAGGUAUACGAGCGUGUGAAAUGCACACGGGAGGACGAGCGUAGGAAAAGGAACAUGUUGUGUGAUAUUCUGCAGUACAUUCAUGACUCCCGUGCAUGCCAACAGUGGCUACACAAACAGGCUGCCAUUGACGCUGGAAUUACCCCUGUGGUGACUACCAUCACUACCUCAGGCAGAAGAAGUGCACCUCCUCUUAACUUGACAGGGCUUCCUGGCACAGAGAAACUCAACGAGAGAGAGAAAGAGUUAUGUCAGGUGGUUCGUCUUGUACCUGGAGCUUAUCUGGAGUACAAACAGGCCCUGCUCAACGAGUGCAGGCGACAGGGGGGUCUACGGCUGGCGCAGGCCCGAUCGCUCAUCAAGAUAGAUGUCAACAAAACACGCAAAAUCUAUGAUUUCCUUAUCAAAGAGGGCUACAUCAAUAAGGCUUAACUUUGAUUGAAGUCCUCCAAGGACAUCUGAUAGAAAUGGAGAAAGAUGAAUGGAAUUUAAGUACUAGUUUAGUGCUUUAAAAGCAUGUCUUUGGUACUGCAACUACAUGUUUUUCUGUGCAUAAACAUGGAAACGGCACUGUUUAAACAUUUUACUGUGUUGUUUUUUGUCUACGUGAUCUUGAAUUGGCGUACAUUGGCAAAAUGGCGUAUUGUUAAAAUUGUUGGGUGAAUGUUACAAAGGCUUUCAAAAACAUUUCAUACAAAAAGAAAGAAAUAUUAAGCACAUCAACCCUGUCUCCAUAAACAGUAUUGUAAAAAUAAAAUGUAUUCAUUGUA